GAUGUUCCGUGUCUUUUCUUUCAGCUGUGUCGUCAGCUUUGUGUCUGCCAGUUUAUUUCUACAUAAAAAAAAUCAAAAAGCAUAAACAGAAAGGGACAUUGGAGGAACUACUACAGGUCACCAUUUUUUAAGUUCACCAUGUCCAGGAAGGUUGUGAGGACCAGUAAGUUCCGUCACGUCUUUGGCCAGGCUGUGAAAGCUGACCAGUGCUACGAUGACAUCCGAAUCUCCCAGAUGACCUGGGACAGCAACUUCUGCUCUGUUAACCCCAAGUUUGUGGCCAUGAUUGUGGACGCCAGUGGUGGAGGAGCCUUCAUGGUGCUGCCCCUGAGCAAGACGGGGCGUAUUGACAUGUCCUACCCCACUGUGUGUGGCCACACAGGUCCGGUCCUGGACAUUGAGUUUUGUCCUCACAAUGACAACAUCAUUGCCAGUGGCUCCGAGGACUGCAGUAUCAUGAUCUGGGAGAUCCCGGAUUGCGGGCUGACCUCCUCUCUCACAGAUCCUGUUGUCAAGCUGGAAGGCCACUCCAAACGUGUUGGCAUCCUGAGCUGGCACCCCACCGCCCACAACGUGCUGAUGAGUGCAGGCUGUGAUAACGUGGUGAUCCUGUGGAACGUGGCCUGUGGGGAGGCGGUGAUAAGGAUUGACAACAUACACACUGACCUCAUCUACAGCGCCUGCUGGAACAGGGACGGCUCCAGGAUUCUCACCUCCUGCAAGGACAAGACCCUGCGGGUGCUGGACCCACGCAAGGGCACCGUCCUCAUUGAGAAGGACAAGCCUCAUGAGGGCUCCAGGCCUGUCAGGGCGGUGUUCUUGUCCGACGGGAAGAUCCUCAGUACCGGCUUCAGUCGCAUGAGUGAGAGGCAGGUGGCACUGUGGGAUCCGAACAACUUUGGAGAGCCGCUGACACUGCAGGAACUGGACACCAGUAGUGGCGUCCUUCUGCCAUUUUAUGAUCCAGACACUGGCAUUGUCUACCUCUGCGGCAAGGGGGACAGCAGUAUCCGUUACUUUGAGGUGACAGAUGAAGCUCCUUUUGUCCACUACCUCUCCAUGUACAGCAGCAAGGAGAGCCAGAAGGGAAUGGGAUACAUGCCCAAGAGGGGCCUGGAGGUCAACAAAUGUGAAAUUGCCAGGUUCUACAAACUCCAUGAGAGGAAAUGCGAGCCCAUAGUCAUGACGGUGCCACGAAAGUCCGAUCUGUUCCAGGAGGAUCUGUACCCGGACACCAUCGGUCCUGAGCCCUCGGUCCAAGCUGAUGAGUGGUUUCAAGGAAAGAAUGGCGAGCCUGUUCUGAUAUCUCUAAAGGAUGGGUUCGUAGCAACCACCAAAGCCAAGGAGUUCAAAGUUCACAAGAGUCUCCUGAAGACCACAUCUGCUUCUGCUGGUAGUCAACAGGACAACAGUGGGGAGGUUCAGUCCUUGAGGAAGGAGGUGAAGGAUCUCAAAGCAGCGAUAGAGGAGCUGACCAAGCGUGUGAGUGAGCUGGAGAGCAAACAUUAAACUAGAGAAGUUUGCUAAACAAGAAAAAUCAAUCAAGAGCUGAAGUCAAGAGAGAAGCAAAGGAGCGACGAAAGACAAUGAGAGCGAGAGAGCUUUUGUUAAGUUCUGUGUGCAGUGACACGACGGGAGAGAUUAACGCAACAGGUGUUAUUGAAGCUUAAAGCUUGAAUUUGUUCAUUUGGUUCAAUCAAUUUUAAAAAUUCCUAUUUUAAUAUAUGAUUUUAGUCUGAAUUAAAGUCUUCUGUAUUUCGAAAAUACAUUUUUGACUUUUUUUUUGUUUUGAACCAGCACCUGAAACACACACGGAAACACACAUUUGAAUGAAACCAACUUUUAAUAUUUUUGUACUCGUCAUAAUACAAAAUGAGGAACACAACAAAAUGAGCAAAUGAGCAACAGCAUUUUUUUUUUUAAUAAAAUGCUCUGAAAUGUUAUGUGGACAUUUGAGAAUGGGUCAUCAACGAAGUGCACACAGAUGCUCCCUGAGGCCUCUACUGAGGUGCCUUUGGUUAAAGACUAUUUUAACAGCUUUUCCUGACUGUGUAUAAAAAAAAAACUUAAGAGAUGAAUGAGGAACAGACAAGUGCAGACAUACAACAGAGGCAAAAUGGUUAUUUUAGCUUUAAAUGUUGAGCUCAAGGUUUAGAUUAUCAGAUCAUUUUUCUUCUCAAAAAUAUAUUUUUGAAAUUUAUAUAAUCUUGAAUUUUUACUUUAUGCUUGUGUGGGUCUUUUAAAGACAAUUUUGAGGUCAGAAAAGAAAAACAAGGAGAAUGCAACAGUUUUGUGGCUAGAAUAUCAUAGAUGAUUCUGUAUAUGUCAAAUCAGCAACCCAAAUAAAACCUUUUUAAUCCUAA